UUCACCCUUAUAUAUUCUAAUCUUUGACUUAUAUAUUUAUAAAUUUAAUUUUAAAAAAGAAAGUCUAAUUCCCAUUUGAAAAUUAAAUACGAAUAAAAACGCGAAUUUCACACGGAAAUUACACCAAAUUGGAACAUUUUUUUAUCAUAAAGUCAAACCACCCAAUAGUCCCCUUUCUCUCUCAUCUAAGAAUCAAUAAAAGAAACAGCACACAAUCCAUUAACAUCUAAAAGUCAACCCCUUCUCUCUCACAUACACAAAACACACACAUUCAUUCAUUUCUGCAGUUCUUGAUCUUCUUCUUAAAUGAUCAAUUCAGUCUAAAGCUCUCACCUUUCAAUUUCUCAAGUUUCAAAUUCCUUUUGUAAACUGAAAUGGGUAAUAAAAUUGGGAGACUAAAAGUCUGUUUCACCUGCGACGUCGGCGAAAUCUCUCUCCGGCGACACGAUAUCUCCAUCUCCGACGAGGGUUUCGGUCAUUCCUUCUGCUACUUCCCGCCGGAAUCAUCAUCCGAUGAUAUCUCAUCUUUUCAAGAUAUUUCACUUGCAAAAGCUAAUACCUUUAAAUCAAUCUCCGGCGCUUCCUUGAGUGCAAACGUGUAUACUCCUCUUUCAACGGCGCCGGUAAAUCUAAGCUCAGAAAGUUCUUGUUCUUCAUCUGAUAAAGCUUCUUCUUUUGAAAGUUCAGAUUCAUUUGCUUCUAUUCCUUUACAACCUAUACCUCGUACAUCUGUUUCAUCAUUCUAUUCCGGUCCGAUUUCAGCUGAUUCCGGGACUGUUUCUGUUAUGGGUUUGGUUGAAAGAGGGUUCCUUUCUGGUCCAAUUGAAAGAAGUUUUUUCUCGGAUCCGUUUGAUAGAAUUGAUUCUCAGUUUGAUCAAUCUAAUGGAUUCAAACCCAUAUCGAAGAAACGAGCGUUUGUUCGAAAUUUGAAGAAAGUGAUAGCAAAUUCAAUCAUUGUUCCGAUUCGGGCUGUAAAAGAAUCAGAUUGGACAAAUAGGUCAAGCAAAAACAACCCAAUUGAUAACUUCAAUUUGAACUUCAGCAGGCAAGAAAGUUUUAUCGAUGAAUCUUUUCAGAAUCAGAAAGUUCAAUGGGCGCAAGGGAAGGCAGGGGAGGAUCGUGUUCAUGUUGUGAUAUCCGAUGAACAUGAAUGGGUUUUUGUUGGAAUCUAUGAUGGAUUUAAUGGUCCAGACGCAACUGAUUUUCUUUUGGGUAAUCUCUAUUCAAAUGUUCAAGAAGAACUCAAAGGAUUACUUUUAUUGAAUGAAAGAUCAUCAGAGCUUGAUCGGAAUCAUUCUAAGAUCUUGGCAGCACUUGGUAAUGCAUUAAGGAAAACAGAGGAAUCUUAUUUGCAAAUCUCUGAUAUGAUGUUGGUCGAGAAUCCAGAGCUGUCUUUAAUGGGUUCUUGUGUUCUUGCAAUGAUAAUGAAAGGUGAAGAUGUUUACUUGAUGAAUGUUGGCGAUAGCAGAGCUGUUCUUGCUAGAAGAAUCGAACCGGAAGUUAAACCGCGAAAGGAUCUAGGACGAAUCAAAGAAGAAACCUCGUAUGAUUUUGAUUUCGAUGAAUCUAACAGUUCAUUUGAUCUGUCUGCUCUUCAGCUCACAGUUGAUCACAGCACAUCCAUGGAAGAAGAAGUGAAGAGGAUCAAGAAAGAACAUCCAGAGGAUCCUUAUGCUAUAUCAAAUGGAAGAGUAAAAGCGUCGCUAAAAGUUACAAGAGCUUUUGGAGCUGGAUUUCUCAAGAAGCCAAAAUGGAACAAUUCGUUACUAAAGAUGUUUAGAAUAGACUACAUUGGCAACUCUCCUUACAUAAACUGUUUACCAUCGCUAUAUCAUCAUAAACUCGGACCAAAAGACAGAUUUCUUGUAUUAUCCUCGGAUGGACUUUACCAAUACUUCACAAAUGAGGAAGCAAUUGUAGAAAUCGAGAGAUUUCUUUCCUCCUUCCCCGAAGGAGAUCCCGCACAACACUUAAUCGAAGAGAUCCUCUUCCGAGCAGCAAAGAAAGCAGGUAUGGAUUUUCAUGAAUUGCUCGAUAUUCCACAAGGGGAUAGGCGGAGAUAUCACGACGACGUGUCAAUCAUUAUAAUUUCUUUCGAAGGAAGGAUAUGGCGUUCCAACAUGUAAAUUAAAUUGUAAAACUAUAAAAAUGUUAGAUAACCCUAGCAAAUUUAAAUUAGAAUAUAUAUAUAUAUAUAUACAUUAAUUAAUUAAUUAAGAGCUUAUAUAAAUUGAUAAUUAACCCUAGCAAAUUUUGAUGUUUUGUGCAAAGGGUUUGGUUUUUUAUUUGUAAAAAAUUUGUUCUUUUCCCUUAAAGAAAGGAAGAAGACUGUCCCAUAUUUGUUCAUGUUUUUGUUUAUAAUAUCCAAAUAUAUAUAUAAAUAUUUAUUUUGACCAAUUGGUUGGUCUCUA